ACGUCCUUACGUUCUUUAAACUGAAACGGUCGUUGGGAUAUACCGGAGAUUUCGAUCUGUCAAUCGGUUUGCGAGCACAAAGCCGCUAGUUUUAUUAAAUACUUCGGUGAUUAAAGGAUUAGGUGAGCUUAAUAUGCGUAAAUACUAACUACUAUGAGAUAUUAUAUAAUUUAGAAUAAUACCACGCCACGCCUGAGCAUUUAACAUGCCUAAGCUACACAAGAAUACUCUCAAGUCAGGAGCAACAAAAUUGUACAAACGUGUUAAAAUGAGUCUACCUACAUCUAAAAAAAAUAAAGAGGAGGCUAAUAUAGAUAUUUCAAAGGAAGCAAAGAGUAUAAUCGACAAGAUUUUGGGAGAUGUGAGCAAAAAGUCUGCCACCAAACAGAUUGUUAUUGGCACAACAUCAGGAUGGGUAACUGGCUUUAUGACAAUGAAAGUUGGAAAAAUGGCAGCAUUAGCUGUUGGCGGUGGUAUUAUAAUGUUGCAAAUAGCAGCCCAUCAAGGAUACAUAAAAAUUAAUUGGGAUAAAAUUCAAAAGAAGGCAGAGAAAAUCACAGAUAAAGUAGAAGAACAAGUUACUGGUGAAGGGCCUAAAUUUAUGGAUAAGGUCGAGAGAUUUGUUGAUAAAAAGUUAGAUAAAGCUGAACAUUUGUUGAAAAAUGGAGAAACUUACACACGACGUUGGUACCAUUCUGUUACUGGUGAUACCACAUUCAAACCUAAAGAAUUCCAUUUCUUCAUCGCAUCCUUCGUAGCUGGUCUAGCAAUUGGUAUUGCUACUGCAAAUUAGGUUUAGAAAGGCUGCACUCUGAAUGCAUAUACAAAAGCAGUGUGGUCAUCCCAAAUACAAUAAUUUAAUACAGCAAAACUUGAUUGUAACGAGAAUAAUAAACUCGUUGAAUGAAAACUCAGUGAAUUAAAAUACAAACAUUUAAAUAUACUAGAUAGUAUAUACAA